CCACUAGGCUACCUGCCUCCUCUAACCACUAGGCUACCUGCCUCCUCUAACCACUAUCUCUUUUAUGCCCCCUCCCCCUCUAGGCUCUACCUAAUCAACUCCCCGGUAGUGAGAGCUGAGAACCUGCGUUUCAAAGAGGAAGGAGUCAGAGAUGUUCUGAAGGAUGUGUUCCUCCCCUGGUACAACGCAUACCGCUUCCUGGUCCAGAACGUCCAGCGUCUCCACAAGGAGGACGGCAUCAGCUUCCUGUACAACGAGGCCACAGCCAAGCGCAGUGACAACAUCAUGGACAAAUGGAUCCAGUCCUUCACCCAGUCUCUCAUCCAGUUCUUCAAAGCUGAGAUGGAUGCGUACAGGCUGUACACGGUGGUGCCGAAGCUUGUCAAGUUUGUGGACAUGCUGACCAACUGGUACGUGAGGACCAACCGUAGGCGUUUCAAGGGAGAGAGUGGAACAGAGGACUGUCUGGGGGCUCUGGAGAAUCUCUUCAGUGUUCUGUUCUCCAUGUGCAGACUGAUGGCUCCCUUCACCCCAUUUAUUACAGAGAUGAUGUACCAGAACCUGCGUCACCUGAUCGACCCCACCUCUGUAGAGGAGAAGGACUCCAGUAGCAUCCACUACCUCAUGUUGCCUCUAGUCAGGGAGUCGUUGAUUGACAAGCGUAUAGAAAGUGCGGUGUGUCAGAUGCAGUCUGUCAUUGAGCUUGGACGAGUCAUCAGAGACCGCAGGACUCUGCCCGUUAAGUAUCCCUUAAAGGAGGUGGUAGUGAUCCACCAAGAUCCAGAAGCUCUGAGAGACAUCACCUCCCUGCAGAAAUACAUCCUGGAGGAGUUGAAUGUCCGCCAGUUGACCUUGUCCACGGACAAAGACAAGUACGGCAUCAGCCUGCGGGCUGAACCGGACCACAUGGUGCUGGGAAAGAGGCUGAAAGGAGCCUUCAAAUCCAUUACGGCGUCCAUUAAAGAACUGAAGAGCGAACAGCUGGAGACCUUCCAGAAGACUGGCUCCAUCGUGGUGGACGGUCAGGAGCUUCAUGAGGAAGACCUGAGGUUGAUGUACAGUUUCAACCAGACCUCUGGGUCAGCGACGCAGUACGAGGCCCAUUCUGACUCACAGGUGCUGGUGCUGUUAGACGUCACUCCAGACCAGUCCAUGCUGGAUGAGGGUGUGGCUCGUGAGGUCAUCAACCGCAUCCAGAAACUACGCAAAAAGGGUCACCUGGUGCCGUCUGAUGAGAUCACAGUGUACUACAGCUGUGAGCCGGCAGGUGAUUACCUGGACCAUGUGAUCCAGGCCCACACAGACUUCAUCCUUGCAACCACCAAGGCACCACUUAAGACCUACCCCGUCCCCAAGGACUCCAGCGUCAUCGUGCAGGAGAAAACACAGUUGAAGGGUUCGGAUCUGGACCUGACCAUAGUGAAGGGAGCAGCCGCCCCUCGAGCUCCUCUGACUGGACCAGCCUGUGCCUACAUCAACCUCCAACUCAAACUCAACAACAAGGAACAAGAGGGUGUGGUUCUCCUGGAGAACCCUAAAGGAGAUAUCUGUCUGGACAUGGCCAAGCUGAGACAGGUCUGCUCCAGUCUCUUUGGUCUCAACAACACCAAGCUCUGUGUUUUCAACGGCAAGACUGAGUUGACUGGUAAGUGUGAUCUGCUGUCUCUGAAUGGGAAAACCCUGUCGGUGACAUCAGGCUCCAAUCCCGGUGACUCCUCUCCCAACUCGGACUCUCUGGUGUGUCCCUACGUCAACCUCCAACUGGCCAACUGUCAGCCUGCUGAGUGUCAGAGUGGAGAUGUGGGGACCCUGCUGCUGGUCAAUCCUGUCGGACACAACUACCUGACCCACAAUGCUUUGCUGUCUGAGACGGCUAAGUUGUUCGGCCUCCGCAGCCGUAGGCUGAAGCUCUACCUGGACGAUGCGCUCACCCAAGAAAUCCCAGCAGAGUGGUCAAUGAAGACGCUGGACAGGAAGACUCUGUACGUUGGAGUUCUGCCCACCACCGCAGAGGCAUAGGACCGGGAACAGCCAGACUGUAGAAGAGGGAGGAACAGCCAGACUGUAGAAGAGGGAGGAACAGCCAGACUGUAGAAGAGGGAGGAACAGCCAGGAACAGCCACACUGUAGAAGAGGGGGGAACAGCCACACUGUAGAAGAGGGAGGAACAGCCAGGAACAGCCACACUGUAGAAGAGGGGGGCUAUGUCCCAAAUGGCUUCCUAUUCCAUACAUAGUGCACUGUUGACCAGGGGCCAAUGCCGCUCUGAGCAAAGCUAGUGCACUACUGUUGACCAGGGCCCAAUGGCGCUCUGAGCAAAGCUAGUGCACUACUGUUGACCAGGGCCCAAUGGCGCUCUGAGCAAAGCUAGUGCACUACUGUUGACCAGGGCCCAAUGCCGCUCUGAGCAAAGCUAGUGCACUACUGUUGACCAAGGCCCAAUGGCGCUCUGAGCAAAGCUAGUGCACUACUGUUGACCAGGGCCCAAUGCCGCUCUGAGCAAAGCUAGUGCACUACUGUUGACCAGGGCCCAAUGGCGCUCUGAGCAAAGCUAGUGCACUACUGUUGACCAGGGCCCAAUGGCGCUCUGAGCAAAGCUAGUGCACUACUGUUGACCAUGGCCCAAUGGCGCUCUGAGCAAAGCUAGUGCACUACUGUUGACCAGGGCCCAAUGCCGCUCUGAGCAAAGCUAGUGCACUACUGUUGACCAGGGCCCAAUGCCGCUCUGAGCAAAGCUAGUGCACUACUGUUGACCAGGGCCCAAUGGCGCUCUGAGCAAAGUUAGUGCACUACUGUUGACCAGGGCCCAAUGGCGCUCUGAGCAAAGCUAGUGCACUACUGUUGACCAGGGCCCAAUGCCGCUCUGAGCAAAGCUAGUGCACUACUGUUGACCAGGGCCCAAUGCCGCUCUGAGCAAAGCUAGUGCACUACUGUUGACCAGGGCCCAAUGGCGCUCUGAGCAAAGCUAGUGCACUACUGUUGACCAGGGCCCAAUGCCGCUCUGAGCAAAGCUAGUGCACUACUGUUGACCAGGGCCCAAUUGCGCUCUGAGCAAAGCUAGUGCACUAUAGAAGAAUAGGGUGCCAUUUCAGAAACAGAGCACAUCUAGCUCCAAACUUCAAUGAAAACCCAACAUUUACGUAGUAAAGUGUUUCUGCUGCUCUGUCCGAUUCAUCCUGUCCGAUCUCCGAUUCAUCCUGUCCGAUCUCCAGUGACUAUCCUAUGGUCUUUAACAUGAGUUUAUUAGUUAACCUCAACCUACUCUGUACCAAAAUAGUGUUGACAAAACCAGCUCUGUUUGCAGACAGUACAGUGGAUUAUUCUGUGGGUAAGAAAUAACAUUCAGUAGUGUCUACCUUCUUCCCCCCCCCUUUAAGUGUCUGUCGUAAACAAACGUUUCGGGGAACAAGAAUAAAGGAGAAAACUGCUAUUUUUGGUGAAAUAAAGGAACAAUGGAGAAAUUA